UUCUUUCUUUUCUCAGAACACGUUUCUCCUUCCUAUCCAGUAGAUCUAGCAUUCUAGUUUGCUAAUAUUGAGUGUGCACCUCCACGUUAACAUUCUGUCUAAAGCAAAAUCCUAGACGCAUGCAUGUUCAUUCUGGAGCUUUGUCAGCCACCAUGCAAGUCCUUCAGAAAACGUCAUGCAGCACCGAUACGUCAUUGUGGUUCCUAGAUUUGCUAUAGGCUCGUACCGACUACCGAAUUUGUCUGAAUUGGCACUCCCAUUUCAGUCGAGGAAGACAGAGUAGUUGGUGCUGCGGGUUGCAAUUGUCAAAAAAAAACCUUCUGAACCACAUGUUAGAACGUUCACUGCGUAUACGUUGCCAAGACAAAUGUGAUUGGUACUCUGUAAACUGUAGAGCGUCGAGCAGUGCGUGCGGUCUAGUGCAGCAAGAACCGUGGAGCGUUAACCGAAGUGAGGACGCGAGGUGAAAUUUUGUGCUGCGGCGCCCGCCAGCGGCGAUGAUUUGCAAGCUGUGGGUCCAAGGCGACUCGGAAUUUUCCUUUCUCGCCGAUGCCAUAAUAAAAUGUCGCUAGUACCUCUGUUUUUCAUUUUGUGUGCGUCUGUGUUUCCUUGACCUUGAGGAGGACGGAGCAUGCGGAUACGCCGAACACCAGGCGAGUAGCCCCGUGUGACUCUGCGUUCUGUUGGCGGUGUACUCGCUGUCUGUUCACUGACAGGAUCACAGGACAGGCAGGCAGGCCGCGGCGCUUGGAAGGUUCGGUUCUGACGUGUUGAGGUCCAGCAGCUGGAACAAAGCUGGCACGCGGCCCAGAGUCUCUCGCACGGCCCAGCAAACGCCGCCGCCUCCGUUGCCAGAGUCUCUCACAGACACAGGCAGCAGCACGGCACGGCGGACGGGCGGCUCCGCAGUCCGGUGCGGUGCCCCCGGGCGCACGCACCACUCCACUCGCCACGCCACGGCCGACAAACGGCAUCCGAUUUUACCGUGGCAGAUCCGCACUCCACCCCGCCUGGCGCCGCGCGAGCCCCGCUGCACUGCACGCGAACCACGCGGCGCCCUCAUCACACCCUCCUCCGCACGCGAGAUCCCCCAGACGAGACGAACGCCCCCGCACACCUCCCCAGGCGCGCCCCUCACUUUUAUUACUAGUCCACACAAGCGUGCCUGCUGCUGCCCGUCCGCCCGCCCGCCGAUUAGAAUAGGCGCUUCGGUUCCCCAGCAGCCUUUGUCCGGGCUCCAGCUCCCGGUCUCCUGUGCGUGCGUGGACGUCGGCGAGCCGGCGACUUGCUUGGCGUCGGGGGGAUGGAGGGGCGGGUGCUGCGGCGCAGCGUGACGCUGGCGGACCAGCUCGCCGCGGUGGGGCCGGCGCCGUCGGUCGCGGUCGCGGGGCCCGGGGGCGCCGCCGCUGCAGGGUCCUGCAACCUCCGCGACCUGCUCAAGCUCCGCGACGAGGACGACCUCGCGUCGGCCGGGCGCCGCGCCGCCGUCACGCUCGCCUCCGCCAUGGCCGCCGAGAGGCAGGUCUCGGCGCCGUCGCCGUCGCUCUCGCUCUCGCCCCCGUCGUCGUCGUCCCCCGCUACAGCCGCGGCGGCCGCGGCCGCGGCCGCGGCGCGUACCCUCCUCGACAUCAUCCGCGACGACCAACCUCCCGCCUCGGGGCCCUCCUCCGGCGACCCCUUCGUCCGCCGCGCCGUGUCGCUGCCACCCCCGACCACGGCCACGGCCUCCCCGCCGGCACCGACACUCGCCGCCGCCGAGGCCGCCCCUGCCCCUCCCCCGCCUCCACCCGCGGCCGCGGCGGCAGAUGAGGAGGAGCAGGAGCAGAGGGUCUCCCUGAUGGCGCUCCUGGAGCAGACGGACCGGCAGUGGAGCGCCGUUCCGGGCGCCACAACCCAGCCCGAAGAAGAAGAAGAAGAAGAAGAAGAAGAAGAUUCAGCGGCGUUGGAGGCGCUGGAACCGGUCGACGACGACGCGGAGCUGGAGCCGGAGGCGGCGGGGAGAGGCGUGGUCGCCGGUUGCUGCUGCGUGUGCAUGGCCCGGGCCAAGGGCGCGGCCUUCAUCCCCUGCGGCCACACCUUCUGCCGCGCCUGCGCCCGCGAGCUCCUCGCCGGCCGCGGCCGCUGCCCGCUCUGCAACGCCGCUAUCGUCGACGUCCUCGACAUCUUCUGACCCCCCCGCUUUCUGGUGCCGGUGCCGACCGACACCUCGUCCGGCGAAAUGCGCGUCGCGAAACAAGGACCCGACCUCUUCGGAUCGUCGCCCAACCCUAAAUAGGAUCCAGCCGCCAUAGAUAGAUCUCCAAACUCUCUUCCCUGUGCGCCCUCCACUUCUUGUGCUAUGCUCCCGCUGUGAAAAGAUUACAAUAUGUUCGACUUUGAUUGCUGCAAGAAAUCAAACAUUUCCGUGCUGCACA